AUGAAAUUGCUUUUAAUUUUAUUGUUAUGUUUGAGUACUUACGCUUUUACAGAUUAAAUGAUGUCUUUAGAAGAACUGGCAAAAUUUGAUAUCAAAAGUGUAGAUUGUACAAAGAUUGAUCAAAUAUCUUUAAUUGAAAAACAAAUGCAAUAAUGGGAAGACUUAUUAAAACAUUAAAAAGCUAUUUCUCAUGAUAUUAAAAUAUUAAAAUCUAUGGAACAUCUAUUAUCAUCAAAGUCAAAUUCAUUUUUAGAGAUUCAAACAUAAAUUUCUGGAAAAAAAUUGAUGAAAAAAUUACACAAAUUAGAAUUACCAUUAACUAAAAGUAAAAUUGGAUUAGCAUAAGUAUAAUUGUUAAAAGAAUAAUGUAAAGGCUUAGAUUCAGAAAGUAAAUAUUGAAUAUAAAAUAAAUUAGAUCCUGAAGAAAGAGCUUAAGCAAAAAAAGAGUUAUGCAAACUUUUAAAGGAAUAUGUUAAUAAUUUAAAUAAUUGUAAGUAAUAAUGUACUAAUUCACCUGUGACAGUUAUUAAGAUUAAAGGAUAGAUUAAAGACUUGGAAAUAAUAAGAGAUAAUUGUUAAAAUGGAAAAAUUAGUAGAGUCAAAGUUGUAACAAUAGAUGGUGAAAAUCAAGAAUAUAAAGUAGCAGCAGAUGGCACAACUGAAAUACAAUGA